GAUUAUCGUAAACAUAUAUGCACGUUGUUCACAGCAGUAGUAAAUACUAAAUAAGUAGUGCAUAUACGACAACUUCGUAUUAUCGAUGUACAUAGCCUACAGAAGAAUGUUAAGUUUAUUAUUAAAUUAAUUUUUAAGUCUUAAUUACUGAGCUGAAGAUUUAGGCAGAUACAAGAUGGAUAGUCUUAUUAUUAAGAAAGUAAUUCACGCAGGAACUAAAGCAGUGAAUUUCGUACCUGGAACGAAAGUGGUUUUUCACUUCAAAACUACAAAAUGUGAUUCUUCCAAGACUGUUAUUGAUGAUAGUAAAGAAAUGGGAAAGCCUAUGGAAUUAGUAUUAGGAAAGCAAUUCAAACUUGAUGUUUGGGAAGUCAUAGUACAAAAAAUGGCAUUGAAUGAAGUGGCUCUAUUUAUAGUUGAUAAAACUCUAGUCAGCCCAUAUCCUUUUGUUUCAAAAACUCUUAGAGAAGCUGGUAAACCAGUAGGUGAAAGAAGAAAUCAUCAUUGUUGUGGUGUAACAUUACAAAAUGAAGGUAUAGGCUAUGAUGAUUUAAACAACCUUAUCAAAAAUCCUCAGAAUUUAGAAUUUACAAUAGAAUUACUGCAAGUUAUCUUACCUCAUGAGUAUGAAAAGGAAUCAUGGCAAAUGACAGAAGACGAAAAACUUAAAAAUGUACCUAUAUUGAGAGAAAAAGGUAAUGUCCAAUUUAGAGAAAAGAAUUACGAAGCUGCAGCAAAUACUUAUGCUCAGGCGCUUGGAAUUUUGGAGCAGCUUAUGUUAGCAGAAAAGCCACAUGAUACAGAGUGGUUGAAUUUGAAUGAAAUGAAAAUUCCUCUUCUGUUAAAUUAUGCUCAAUGUAAAUUAUUAAAUAAAGAAUAUUACUCUGUUAUUGAACACUGCACUACAGUUUUAAAAACAGAUCCAAACAAUGUUAAAGCACUGUAUCGCCGAGGAAAAGCACAUAUAGGAGCUUGGAAUGAAAAUGAAGCUAUUACCGAUUUGACUAAAGCAGCUGAAUUAGAUAAGUCAUUAGAAUCUGCCAUAAACAAGGAAUUGCAAUCUUUUUUUCUCGCUGUCAAAAAUAGAAAUAAAAUUCAAUCACAAAAGCUUGUAAACUUUUUUAAAAGUUAAAUGUUUUCAAACAAAAUAAUUUUAAUAAGCAAUCAGAAAUGUGGAUAAGGUCAAAUUAAAAAAUGUGAUAAUCUAUACUUCGGCGCAAAGUCAUACAAUAAACUUCGUCGAUUUUCAAUGAAUUGGUUUUUAUAUUAAUGUCUUCUUCAAGUUGCAUUUGUGUUUUUAGUAAGAAGCGAAGUGAAGCUUGCGCCUGAAAUAUUUAUAAAUGUUGUGAUGUAUACUUGAUAAGUAUGGUUUACUUACAAUUAGUAUGUCUUUUUGUUUGUUAAAUUAUUUUAUUUAUAUCUAUUGAAUAAAUGCUAUUUUUACUAACUUCAAAAAGCGUUUGCUGAAGUUGAGUAACUACUUCCCUCAGAUCAGCAAUUUCCUUUGUAAGACUUUUUUCAACUUGAUCGCAAGUAAGCUCCAGUCCAGGUC